UUUACAAUAAAUUGCAAUUAUGCAAAUUGUGCGAGUCGAAUGUUUUGGAGCCGUAGCUCUCCAAACGGCCAAAGAUGCCAGACAUUAAUCAUGGCCAGCAAUUAGCAAUUAUUUAUAUUGACGGGGCGUGUCAAUAUCUGGGCAAUGAUAAAUGAUUUUGGCAUUUUUUUGUGCACUAAACUCCAGCCCUGGCAAAAAAACAAACUCGUACUUGGUAUCGAUUUAAAUCGAUGCGGUUAAUCGUAGGUCAAGUUUAGAACCUAGUUGGCCUUGCGUUUGUAUUAUCUGGAAAAAAAAAAAUAGGUUGACUCCUUUACAAUUAAAACAAGAAUGAAAAUUAAGGCUGAUAAACUGAAGAAAGUUGACUCGUCUGCUAAAGACUCAACGAAAUCACCUGAUUUUCAACAAAGGAAGAUGAAGAAAAAGGCUGAACAAUUUAAAAAAAUGCAUUUGUCUGCUAAGGAUCCAUCAAUUUCGCCUGACUUACAGCUUAAAAAUAAGAUGGCGCCCUUACUGAAGCCCGUUCGCAAUGGUAUUUCCUCAGGAUUUGGAUUCAUGUGGUAUUCGAUCAACGUGUGCAGCGGUAGAUGUAGGAAGAAACGAUUCUUUAUCAAUCUAACGCGUUUCCCCAGCCUUCUGCCCAAGGUCCUUUCAAACACCUUGGAGUUUAUCCACCAACCGAAGUGGAGCACCAUUUUCCUUUUGACGUCGCCGCGGGCCUUUAUGAGCUAUAAGGCCCGCUUCCCGAUGACUUCUAUUGUGACGGUGGUACCUGCCCGUGGCACCCAGACGGGCACCCAAACGGGCACCCAAACGGGCACCCAGACAGCCAACCAGACGGGCACCCAACUGGAACAACGCCCCAAAAAAAAACCAAAUUGCGCAAAAUAAAAAACGAUAACUAAACAACUAAAAUAAAAACUACG